AUGUCCGUCUUUGCAUUCAGAUUUGGCCUCGAGAAAUGUUCAUCUAUCCUAGCCGAGGCUGUUUCACUUGCACAGUCUCUCAGGCUUCAUCUUGAUUUCAUUCUGCAGGGAAAGGAGUCUGGAAUCAGUACAAUCCAAGUGAAACGGGCAACAUGGUUCCUCUUCGUCAUUGAUAAGCGCUACGCGCUUCGUUGGCAAACAUUUCCGCUGUUGCCCGAAUUGGACUACGACCUGCCGCGAUCUGAAAAGAGACGACAUACUAGCCGGUCAUCCCAAUCCGACACUGGCACAAACGGAUACGAAGAAGAUUGGCUAUGUUACCAGUGCUCCUAUGCCCAAAUUUGUGUUCGCAUUACCAAGGGCUCCUUCUUAUCUGCCACAUGCAGUAACUCAGCAUCGAAGGAGAAGGUCAGAAGGGACAUGGUGCGAGAAGAAUCACAACCCCUGUCCGACGAGAUGCAGAAUGCAACCAUCAAUAAUCUCCUGGCAGAUCUGCAGGAUUGGUUUAAAUCAGUUCAAUUCAUCACACAUAGCCGAGCAGAUGCUGAGGGCGAAGCCAGCAUACAAGAGUGCCAAAUGCUUCUAAAGAUUUCCGCGGCUUACCAGUAUUAUGAGGCUUUGCUAUCAGUGCUUAGCCCACUUGUCAUGAACAAGUCACGAGCCCGCUAUCAUGACCAGUCAAACCAGAAAGAUCAGACAGCAACAGAAAUGUUGAUGCAAACUGUCAGGAGCGUGCUUGAGAUGGGGACUCAUUUAUCGCAGAUCACAUAUGAUAGAACACUACUUCACGUCCCAACAAUGGCCCUGUGUCUUCUCGCUAUUGAGAAAGCGGAUGGGAAUUCAGAAUUGGACGCGAAAAAGCGCGACGGUCGAGUACUGAUUGCCAUGGCCUAUGGACUGUUCGGGAGGCUGGCUGAGACUUUGCCACAUCACAAGUUCUUUGAGCAUGUUGCGGACCUAGUUUCCAUGGUCGAUAGGGUUUGA